CCGCCCUCUGUCUGUCUGUGUUCAGUAGUUGCCGUGUGUGUUGCAUUUUUUGCUGUUUCACUCGUGUGCAACCCUAUCGACUUGAGUUUGCAUCGAAAUAAUUUUUUUUCAGACACAGAUUGACAUUUCGUGAAAUGACAACUACUAGUGAUCAUAUAUCCUACAGAGAGGGGACCUGCUGUGCUGAGAUGGCUAUGGUAUGUCUCACAGACUUUGAGGAGUAUGCGAAGGAGCACCUCUCCAAGGCCACAUGGGACUACUACGCAGCCGGAGCAGACGAGUGCUGCACCAGGGAUGACAAUCUGCUGGCCUACAAACGGAUCCGUCUGCGACCACGGAUUCUACGGGACGUGUCAGUGUGUGACACCAGGACCACGGUGCAGGGCACAGAGAUCAGCUUCCCUGUGGGCAUCGCCCCCACUGCCUUCCACUGCCUGGCCUGGCAUGAGGGAGAGAUGGCCACCGCCAGGGCUACGGAGGCAGUGAACACAUGUUACAUCACCAGUACCUACUCCACCUGCUCUGUGGAGGAGAUCGCGGCUGCAGCACCUAACGGCUACCGCUGGUUCCAGCUCUAUGUGUACCGGGACAGAAAGCUUUCUGAAUCAAUCAUUCACCGUGUGGAGGCCCUGGGCUACAAGGCCUUGGUCCUCACCGUCGACGUGCCCUACACCGGGAAGCGCCGCAACGAUAUACGCAACCAGUUCAAGCUCCCGCCACACCUCAAGGUCAAGAACUUUGACGGUGUCUUCCAGGAGGCUGCCGGUCCUGCGGGUGAGGAGUAUGGGGUCCCUGCCAACACCCUGGACCCCUCCAUCAGCUGGAAGGACGUGUACUGGCUGCAGUCUCUCACCCGCCUGCCCAUCAUCAUCAAAGGCAUCCUGACGAAGGAGGACGCUGAGCUGGCCGUGGAGCACGGCGUCCAGGGCAUCAUCGUGUCCAACCACGGAGGACGCCAGCUGGACGGAGGGCCCGCCACAAUAGAUGCCCUGUCUGAGAUUGUGGACACAGUGCAGGGGCGGAUCGAGGUAUAUCUGGACGGGGGUGUCCGCACUGGUAGUGAUGUGCUGAAGGCUGUAGCUCUGGGAGCCAAGUGUGUGUUCAUCGGCAGGCCGGCCGUGUGGGGCCUCGCCUAUAAGGGUGAAGAGGGGUUGAAGGAGGUACUACAUAUCCUCAACAAUGAGUUCCGUCUGUCAAUGGCUCUGUCUGGGUGCAGGAACGUGGCUGAGAUCAACAGGAACCUCAUCCAGUUCUCCAAACUGUGACUUAACAGCAGGGGGCGCCAGAACCAGCUUGAUGAAUAACGACGAAAGCAAUACAGCGCUAUCCAUUCAAUCAAUAGAACUUGGAAUUUGGGACAACAAAAGGAAACCUCUCAUGUGAAUCAUAAUGAACUGAAACUGAAUUGACAUCAAUCAAAUACAUCCUGAAAUCAUAAUACAUUUGAAUAGUUGUAUCCAAUGUGGCUGCCUUAGUUCUUGUGAAAAAAUAACCAGAGAUAUUUAAAUAUAAGCAUCUUCCAUAUGAUAUAACCAACAAAAUAUGUUUUUCACUCAGCUAUUCCUAACUCUCAAUGGCUGCUGGCCCCCUGUCAACCCAUCUACGAGUGAGAGACGCCUGAUAUUGUGUCUCUGAUGAACAGCCUUCAGAAAAUAUUCAUAUUCCUUGACUUAUUACACAUUUUGUUGCGUUACAUCCUGAAUUCAAAAUGGAAUAAAUAUAUUUUCUCUCACCCAUCUACACAAUAAUAACAAAGUGAAAUCAUGCCUUUAGAUUUCUAUUUGAAAAUGUAUUGAAAACUAAAUAAAGAAAUUGUAAGGAAACGCUGUAGAAGAGAAGCAGGUACGGGGAGUUGACAUUUAAUUAGGAACGGACAUGUAACAGGACAGGAACAGCGUCAGAACUGGGAAACACAAAGACAGAUGACAGUCAAUGCAGCACCGGGGAACUGACAAAUAUAGGGGAGGUAAUUAACAGGUGAUUGAGUCCAGAUGAGUCCAAUAAUCGCUGAUGCACGUGAUGAGGGAAGGCAGGUGUGCGUAAUGAUGGUGGCAGGAGUGCAUAAUGCAGGGCAUCCUGGCACCCUCGAGUGCCAGGGGGGGGAAGAGGGGAGCAGGUGUGAUAGUACCACCCCCCCUCAAGGGGCACCACCCAGCGUCCCACCUGGGCGAGCCUGAUGGGCCGAGACACGGCGCUGGACAAGCCGGAUUGGAGUAGAAUCCCGAUGAACCAGCAGAGGCGUGGGAGCCUGGCGGGCCAGCUGAGGCAUAGGAGCCUGUCUAUCCCGCUGAGGCGUAGCAGCCUGUCUAUCCCGCUGAGGCAUAGGAGCCUGUCUAUCCUGUUGAGGCGUAGGA